GUCGGAGUGGUAUCCGUGGUGGACCGUUGUCGACGUCAAAUCUAGGCUCUGAGCGAUAUCAGGGACGUCCUGGUAUCUAUUACAUAUAGCUAUGUUGUACGCAGUGAACGCCAGGUCAAUGGCACAUAUUCAUUCCUUUAUUCCAAAAGCCAAGCUGUACCUUCAAGCUUCAAGUUGAACCCAUUAGAAACACUGUCAAUUUUUCUUCCACUUAUAGCCCAUAGAUUACAGCUUGGAGUGAACUUACACGCCAGUCAUAUGACAGGUUGCGCAAUACGCGUUUCCUCUGACGUAACGGUUUUCUAACAAGCACGACAUUUCUGACAGUAAUACUGCAUAUAAGACGAUCUCCGCGAAGAAAGUCCUUUCCCCUUAGCAGCAGUUGCAAUGGCUCCAGUCGCUAUUACCGACGUCACUCCUCGCAAAUCAGCCGCGAGCGAAGAAAAGCUCUUCAACCCCUUCUACUCUCCUGCUAUCAGCGACGACGGCAAUACUUCUUACAAGUUCGCGCAAUUCAAGCCUUACUUCCCGGAUGUUUCCUGGGAACCACUGUCUGAAUGCGAAGUCAUGGAACGUGGGAAAUUGGCAGAUCCCGAAAAGAGAGCCUUACUAGGCGCUGCACACAAAGUCAAGCAUCUCACACCAGCCAUCGGAACCGAAGUUCUCGGAGUUGAUCUUCGCCAGUUAUCGGAUGCGCAGAAGGAUGAACUGGCCCUACUGGUAGGCGAAAGGGGUAUCGUAGUCUUUCGUGAUCAAGACAUCGACAUCUACGGCCAGCUGGAUAUUGCUCGCUAUUAUGGACCUCUCCACAAGCAUGCCACAACCCCCAUUCCCAAGAACGGGUUGGAAGAAGUUCAUGUGGUGUAUAACGACUCAUCCCGCCGGCCUGAUCCGUCUGCGUUUUCUAAGUUGGAAUUAUGGCAUUCAGAUGUCAGCUACGAGGUCCAACCGCCCAGUACAACGUCACUCAAGGUCAUCACUGGUCCCGAGUUUGGCGGGGAUACUCUGUUCUCAUCUGGCUACGCGUUGUACUCUUCGCUCUCCCCCGGGUUCCAGAGAUAUUUGGAAGGGUUGGACGCCGUUCAUAGCGGCGUUGCGCAAGCGGAGGGUGCGCGCGCUGCAGGACUACCCGUGCGCCGGAAGGAAAUCGAAAGCGUUCACCCCAUUGUUCGAGUGCAUCCGGCGACAGGGUGGAAGAGCGUCUACGUCAAUCCCGGUUUCACCAGACGCAUUGUGGGCGUUUCCAAGGCGGAAUCCGAUGCUAUUCUGGCGUUCCUCUUCCACCAAAUCAGCGACAACCCCGAUCAUCAAGUAAGAAUCAAGUGGGAACCGGAAUCUAUCGUUUUCUGGGAUAACAGGGUUGUAACCCAUUCUGCGACGUUUGACUUCUGGCCCGAAACGAGGCACGCUUUAAGGGCUACUCCGCAUGGAGAGAAGCCAAUGUCAGUGGAAGAAUAUGAAAGAACGACGGGAAAAGUCGCGAAAGACCGACAGGUUGAGAUUUGGAAACAGAAGGGGUUGAAGGUCGAUGGUCUUGCCAAAACUGUCGGCAGACCACGAGGCUACAACGAUUAAUGUAAUGCUGAAGAGUUCACAUGUUGCAUCUUGUAAAUACUUCCAUAGGAAAUGUCGUUUGAAGGAAAAGGUAGAUCUAUCUUGCAUCUGAU